CUGUGCUAGAUCAAGUUGGAGCUCGUGAAGUUUGAAUUUUCUCUUGAUAUCAUGUAAAAUUCAGUCAAUAUAUAGCAUAGCAUAGCAUAGCAUAGGAGCAAGUAACUAGUGCUCCCAAUAGCCUGUCUGGAAAUUAAGAGAAACAUGGGCAUCAUCAUGUCGGUGCGCGUGUUAAUAUUGUUAUAUACUUUCUUGGUUGUUGCGGCCGCAUCGGAAAGAGAAGCAUUAGAAAUUAUGACAGGAGGUGGCGGAGGUUAUGUUUAUGGUUCUCCUCCUCCUCCUUCUCCUUCCCCAUCUGGAUGUUCCCCACUGCCACCACCGCCGCCACCCCCUCGGUGCCCACCAACCAUGACCCGGUUGCAGAAAGCUCGCUCUGUGCUUCUAAAAUUCGCAAGUUCUAUCAAUGACACAAGUGGAUAUACGAAAAACUGGAAGGAAGCAAAAAACCCUUGUAAAUUUAAUGGGGUCCGAUGUGCCAAGUAUCCAAACACAAGUGAGUUAGCAGUUGCGGGACUAAACCUGAAUGGAGCCAGCAUCUCUGGUCUCAACCGUAAAAAUGUGAGCCUCUCCGGUAUAUUGAACAAGUUACAAGAGUUGACAUUCUUCCACGUGAACUCCAACAACUUCGCCGGCCCAAUCCCAAAUGAAAUCAUCCGUUACCCCUAUUUCUUCGAGCUAGACCUCAGUAACAACAAACUUGAGGGCCAGUUUCCAAUGCAAGUGCUUCAGUCCAAGCAACUUGUCUUCUUGGACCUCAGGUUCAACAAUCUCUAUGGUCCAAUUCCACCACAACUCUUCCUGUUGGAUCUCGACGUGAUUUUCAUCAACAACAAUGACUUCAGCGGCUAUCUCCCAGAUAAUUUUGGGUCCACACCGGCCAGGUUCCUUUCUUUUGCCAACAACAAACUCGCCGGCCCGAUUCCCCAAAGCAUUGGCAACGCUUCCAAAACCCUCACCGAAGUACUCUUCUUGGGCAACAACAUUGAGGGGUGCUUGCCCUACGAAAUUGGGUACCUCAAAAUGGCCACCGUCUUUGAUGUGAGCAAAAACUGCUUAACGGGUCCCAUCCCUCUCUCCUUUGCCUGCUUGGAAAAGAUUCAGUUCCUGAAUUUGGAGCACAACCAGUUUUACGGAACUGUUCCGGAGAUGGUUUGUGAGCUGCCGGGGCUCCGCAACGGGGGCAACCUGUCGUUAUCGAACAACUAUUUCACGCAAGUUGGUCCUGAAUGCAGGAAGCUGAUAGAGGCCAAAGUGCUGGACGUGAGCAACAAUUGCAUCCUGGGUCUUCCAAAUCAAAAACCAUACGAACAGUGCUCUGAAUUUUUCUCCAAGGUCAAGCCCUGCCCAAAUCCCAAGUAUCUCAGUUACAUCCCUUGUAAGGGAUACUUCUCGCGGUCGACCACGCACACCACCGCCGCGCCUGCGCCCGUCACUUACAACACUCUCAAACCACAUCGGUUGUGAUCGUUUGUCCAUGUCAUCAGAACUCUACAUCGAUCAUCCCUGUGUAUUUGUAUUUGUAUUUGUCGGUUAAUUAUAUUGUUCUUUAUAUUAUUAUUAUUCUUAUUAUUAUUAGUAUUUAUAGGCACAUGUUGUCGUGUUUCCUUUUUUUUUUUUUUUUUUUAAAGUAUGUUGUUGUCGUGUUUCUUUGUUAUAAUUUAUAUGAUGAGUAAUGAAUAAGUAUCCAUUUGGCCUGA